AGCGCUCCACGGAGAGCAUUUGGGGUCCGGAGCACCCGUCUAAAAUAAAUAAAUAACAUUCAAAAUACAUCACCCACCCAUCCCGCUUCGAAAAGGAGCAUCGGCGAUCGCCAGCGGAAGAACCCUUCGAGAGGUCUUGAGGAAGGGGAGAAAAAGAGGGGGGAGAAAAAUAAGUGUUUGUUGCAAAAGGGCUCAGUCAAAGCGUGCGCCUUGUCUAGCAGAUAGAUCUUCAGAAGACAAGGGAUAUCUUCAAAGAACAUUUUAAUAUCCAAAAAUGUUCUUGGUCAUCAAUUUUGUUUCCCUGAUAUAUAUGCUCCCUGCUGCAUGUAUGGCACGAGCAGUCUCAUCCUGUCCUGACUUGGAUCCGGAGCUGGAACUCUGGAACCCUGGGCAUAAUGAAGAUAACUGGGUGAACAUCAGUCAAGGCCAAAAGUUCCUGCUAGCAUCUUCUGCCACAGUCCAUUCCAUCAUCAUCACAAGUGGAGGAAAGCUAGUGAUUAAGGACAACACAAACCCUAUUGUUUUGCGCACUCGACAUAUUUUGAUUGAAAAUGAUGGAGGGCUUCAUGUUGGGAGUGAGAACUGUCCUUUCCGGAGCAACCUGACAAUCAUCUUGUAUGGACGCGCUGAUGAUGGCAGCCAGCCAGAUGGCUACUUUGGGCAGAAGUAUAUUGGCGUGAUCAGUGGUGGGACUCUUGAGGUCCACGGUGAAAAAAAGCUAUCGUGGACUUUCCUAAACAAGACUCUGAAUCCAGGUGGCUUGCAGGAAGGAGGCUAUUACUUUGAACGAAGCUGGGGACAUCGCGGGAUCAUUGUCCAUGUCAUUGAUCCAAAGACAGGAUCAGUUAUCCAUUCUGAUAGAUUUGACACCUACAAACUCAAAAGCGAAAGCAUCCGCUUUGUGCGAUAUUUGAACGCUGUUGGCGAUGGCAUGAUCCUGUCGGUUGCGGUGAAUGAUGAAGGCUCCAAAAACGUGGAUGAUUCUGCCAGGAAAGCAAUGACCAAACUGGGCAGCAAGCAUUUCCUCCACCUUGGAUUUCGGCAUCCUUGGAGCUUUAUUACAGUAAAAGGGAUCCCAUCCUCUUCUGUUGAAGACCACAUAGAAUACCACGGACACAGAGGCUCAGCCAUCGCCAAAGUAUUCAAACUGUUCCAAGCAGAGAAUGGAGAGCAUUUCAAUGUGUCUUCAACCAGUGAGUGGGUUCAAGAUGUUGAAUGGACUGAAUUCCUUGAGAAGCCUGAAAAAGCAAAAUCCAAAGAUGGAGAGAGACUUUCAGACUUCAGAGCUGCUCACCCUGAAGUCUGUGAUCACCCCAUUGAUAUCCAGGCAGUCACACUUGAUGGAGUGAAACUGACAACAGAGGUUCUCUACAAAAGCGGCCGUGAUUAUAGGUUUUUUUGCCGCGGCCCUGGACAGACUACUGGAGGCUGCCAUAACUACAGAGUGCGCUUCUUAUGUGGCAAACCUGUGAGACCCAAGCUUACAGUAAUGGUUGAUACCAAUGUAAACAGCACCAUCUUGAGAUUGGCCGAUAAUGUGCAAUCGUGGAAGGUUGGAGAUAAGAUUGUUGUGGCCAGUACAGAUUAUUCCAUGUAUCAAGCUGAAGAAUUCCAGAUCUUGCCAUGCAGAGCCUGUGGGCCCAAUGAAGUCAAAGUGGCAGGAAAAGCAACGUAUCUUCACAUGGGAGAGGUGGUUGAUGAGGUUGACAUGAGGGCCGAAGUAGGCCUGCUCAGCCGCAACAUUGUGGUGAUAGGAGAGAUGGCAGACAGAUGCUACAGUUACAACAGUGAUCUGUGUUCCUUCUUUGAUUUUGACACCUUUGGCGGCCAUAUCAAGAUUGGUCUUGGCUUUAAAGCUGUGCAUAUGGAAGGGGUGGAGCUGAAACACAUGGGCCAGCAGUCACUGGGACACUACCCAAUCCACUUCCACAUGUCCAGAGACGUGGAUGAGAAGGGAGGCUACGACCCUCCUACCUACGUGAAAGACAUUGCCAUCCACCAUGCCUUUUCUCGUUGCGUCACAGUCCAUGGCUCCAAUGGUUUGCUGGUCAAGGAUGUUGUUGGUUAUGACACCUUGGGGCACUGCUUUUUUACUGAAGAUGGUCCCGAGGUGCGCAAUACUUUUGAUCACUGCCUUGGACUUUUGGUGAAACCGAGCACAUUGCUCCCAUCUGACCGGGACACAAGAAUGUGCAAGACUAUUACAGAAGGAGCUUACCCAGGAUACACCCCUAAACCUAGACAAGAUUGCAAUGCCGUCUCCACCUUCUGGCUGGCCAACCCACACAACAACCUUAUAAACUGUGCAGCUGCAGGAUCUGAAGAAACUGGGUUUUGGUUUGUUUUACAUCACGUACCGACGGGACUCUCUGCAGGAAUGUACCCCCCUGGCUACUCCGAGCACAUUCCAAUGGGAAUGUUCUAUAACAACCGGGCACAUUCUAACUAUCGAGCUGGAAUGAUCAUAGAUAAUGGAGUUAAAACAACACCAGCGUCUGCCAAGGACAAAAGGCCCAUCCUGACCUUGAUUGCGGGGAGGUACAGCCCACAUAAAGACGCCGACCCUUUGAAGCCCAGAGAACCUGCUAUCAUUCAACGCUUUAUUGCUUACAAGAACCAGGACCAUGGAGCCUGGCUGAGGGGAGGAGAUGUGUGGUUGGACGACUGCCAGUUUGCUGACAAUGGCAUUGGACUCACUUUGGCUAGUGGUGGAACCUUCCCACACGAUGAUGGAUCAAAACAAGAAAUAAAAAACAGCCUCUUUGUAGGUGAAAGUGGAAACCUGGGGACCGAAACUAUGGACAACAAUGUCUGGGGGCCUGGGGGCCUGGACCACAGCGGACGGACUCUUCCCAUUGGCCAGAAUUUCCCUAUUAGAGGCAUUCAAUUUUAUGACGGGCCAAUCAAUGUCCAGAACUGCACCUUCCGGAAGUUUGCGGCCUUGGAAGGCCGCCACACCAGUGCCCUAGCAUUCCGCCUGAACAACGCUUGGCAGAGUUGCCCCAACAACAACGUCACAAGCAUAUUCUUUGAGGAUGUCCCGUUAACCUCUAGAGUGUUUUUUGGAGAACCAGGACCUUGGUUCAACGGGCUGGAUAUGGAUGGGGAUAAAACAUCCGUUUUCCAUGAUGUAGAUGGCUCUGUGUCCGAGUAUCCUGGGUCGUAUCUUAUAAAGGAAGAUAACUGGCUGAUCAGGCAUCCAGACUGCAUCGAUGUCCCUGACUGGAGGGGUUCUAUCUGCAGUGGACGAUAUGCACAGGUGUACAUUCAAGCCUACAAAUCGGCCAACCUGAGGAUGAAAAUAAUCAAAAAUGACUUCUAUACACAUCCCCUGUACUUGGAGGGGGCUCUCAGCAAAAGCACCCACUACCAGCAAUACCAGCCUGUGAUCACUCUACACAAAGGCUACACUAUCCAUUGGGACAAGACCGCUCCUGAGGAACUGGUUGUCUGGCUCAUUAACUUCAACAAGAAUGACUGGAUCCAAGUUGGGCUUUGUUAUCCGAAAGGGACAACUUUCUCCAUUCUCUCUGACAUCCAUGAUCGCCUUUUGAAGAAAACCAACAAAACUGGGACAUUCUACCAGGCACUUCAGAUGGACAAGCUUGAGUAUCGAUAUCCUUCCAAAGGAUACUACUAUUGGGAUGAGGACACUGGGUUACUGUUUCUCAAGUUAAAGGCUCAGCAUGAAAAAGAACCUUUCGCCUUCUGCUCCAUCAGAGGCUGUGAGCGAAUCAGGAUCAAAGCAAACAUCCCCAAGAAAGCAGGGACCAGUGACUGCCAAGCAAAGGCUUAUCCAAAAUAUGCAGAGAAACCUUUGGUGGACGUUCCGAUGCCUAAAAAGCUGCCGAGCACACAUUUGAACAAAAAGGACCAUUUUGUGGAACUGAAGCUUGACAGCUACAAGACCAAAUACUUCCAUCUCAGGGGUGAUUUUGCAUAUAUCUCAGUUGAUGGCAGGAAGUUUUAUCUUUCUGAUGAUGGCAUCCAAGUAGUUGUGAUUGACGGGCACGAUGGGAAAGUUGUUGAUCGGAUGAAUUUCAGAAACUCCAUUCUACAAGGAAUCCCGGCACAGAUAGACAACUAUGUCAACAACAUCCGGGAAAAUUCUAUAGUAGUGAUGACAUCAAAAGGAAGGCUCGUUUCAAAAGGCCCGUGGACUAAUGUCCUGGAGAAACUUGGAGCAGAGAAGGGCUUUAAAUUGAAAGAUAAAAUGGCUUUUGUUGGUUACAAGGGCAGCUUCCGGCCAUUCUGGGUAAAACUGAAGACGGAUGACACUGCAGUGAGGAUUUUCCAAGCUCUGCCAGUUCCAGUGGUAAAGAAAAUGAAAUUGUGAGGAAUUGUCUUUCUGCUCCUUAGCACAUCCUCAACAGAGAAUGCAUCAGGGCCCAUGACACACUCAAGAUGUAAUAUAUUUUGUUGAUGUACAUAAAAUAAAUCUUAUUGUGAAUGAGUUGAAUGGCCACAUCAGACAACCAACAUUCCUUAAGUAGUCUAGGAUGCAGUUUGUUGAUCUAUGUGUUAGUAAUAGGUCUGUUGUUGUCCUCUCACAAACUUAUUUGGGGUAUGAGAGUUUGUUUCACAUCCUGUUGCCUCUGUGUAGGGCAAUGGUCUCCUUCGUCCGUAGGGGUCUCGUGUUGUGAAUCAGUGGACAUGUACAAAGUGCUCCUUCUCUAGUCUCAACUUUCUAGUACUCAUCUCGAAUGUUCAGACAUCUACUCAGGAAAAAAAACACACAUGCACUUCUAAGUUGAGAUCCUGGCUAUGUAUAUAUGAGCAUGUAAGCUGAAGUUAGUAUUAGAUGGAUGGCAAAAACUGACAAUAUUUUGCUGAUCAUGCUAGUGUUCCUCAUCUUCUCACAAACUUUCUGGUGUGCUGGUGCUCACUGUCAGCAGCAAAUUUUAUAAGCACAAGGUGAUAUCACACUCAAAUCCUAUUUCUGUACAUAUACCAAUUAUCUGUUAAUGUUGCCAUGGUUGCAGAUGGUUGCAGGCUGUUGCAGAGUUUGUCACUGCCAUAUGCAAAAGGCAGUUUGCAAAGGUCAAGCAAAGAACCAAAUUAUAGCAGUCUGCCCUGUGGGCAAAUAGUUACUUAUUAAUUGGUCACUAUGAAGGGCAAAUGGUAUAGUUUCUUAAGAGCUUUUUUUCCAGCUUCAAAGAAUCUUACCAGCUUUAUUAUUAAUUUUUUUAAAAGCCAUUAAAGUAUCUGUUUCCCCUCCAUAUGUAACGGCACCCGUAGUGAGACAUCAACCAGAAGGUUUUAUUUAAAAUAAGAGGAAGAGGAGAAAGGAUUUAAGGAUCAACAAACUGCCUUCAAUGUGUCCCCUUCUUUAAGUACUGAUUAAUAGUAAGUGACCAUUCACAAUCUGUUAAACAUUGCUUUUCUAAGGUUGUAUUGUAGCAAAAUAGUUUUCAGUGAGCCAACAUACACAGCUGUCAGCAUUAUGAGAUCUUUUGUUUGUUUCAUUUGUGCACAUGUCAAUCCAAAUAUUUUACCCGAAAUAGCUGGUCCUUUUUCGGAACUAUUUGUAUAGUGAUUUGUAUAUUUUCUUAAAGCUCCUGAUGAAAUAGAUAUAUUUUCUAUUUAUUUAUUGCAAAAGGCACAAAGAAGAUUAAAGCUGGAGACAGAAAUGCUGUUAUGGGUUGUUGUUUUUACAAUGUGACAAGAUUGUAGAAAUGUUCAGCUAAUCUGCUUUGCACUUGAAAAUUUCUAAGGGCUGCAGCCUGUUUCUAUGAGGACAAAAACUCCUGGAACGUUAUUUCCAAGAGUUUUUGCUUACAACUUAAUUAACAUUUAGUUGUUUGGAAUACAUCACAUUUAUUGGAAUAAAUUUUCAAUGGAA